AUGCAUUGGGAGCAGAAAAAGUCAUCUGGUAUUGCAAAUAUUCUAGAAAACGAUCUAUUUAUGGAGGCUGCUUCACUGGAGGAGUAUAUCAACAGGAAAACAUUGGUUCAGCGGUUGAAGACAAAAGUCAGAAUGUUGGCUGCAAAUAAACGUUGUCAAGUAGACAAUACUAUUUCUUGCACAUCUAACACAUUGUCAUCUUCUGAGUCAUUGCAUUCUUGGUCUAAUGGAAGUCUAUCCGGACAUGCUUUUCAGAAAGUGCUCCAUCCUUGUAACAAUGUAACUGAUUAUGGUGCAGCAUAUAAUAGACAUGACUUAUCAAAAUGCAAUGAUUUGAAUGUGCUUUCUGAGUUUUCUGCUGCUUCUGUUGGGGAAAGCAAUUUGGAAACUAACUCCAAGUCAUUUGAAGCAUCCAAUCAUUUUCUUGAGUGUCUUUAUGAAGUCACGCAACCACCAACCAAAAGAAGAAAAGUGAAUUCUGAAACUGAGUGCAAGGUGGAUCAAAUUACAAAUCCAGUAUCUGAAAGCAAUACUUGGAUAAAACAUGAUUUAAGGAAUGAUACAUUUGGACAGCCUCUUGAACAAGAACCAAUUUUAUAUGAAGAGAAAAUGCAAGACAGAAGCACAUCCAAGCAAUAUGAGUCCAAUGCUAGAGAGGAAGUUAUUCAACCAAAAUAUGAAGAAAAGGGAAUGAAGUCCAUACAUCCAACAGCUGAUACUGUUUCCUCAACAGCUGAAUUUUUAACAAGAAAUCGAAUAGAGGAACACAUUAUAAGUCUCAGAAAGCAAGAUGAUAAUAAUGGUACAACGGAUGGAGAAUCUUACAAAUGCCAAUUAUGUUCAAUGGCAAGGCUGUACUUUGGCCCUGAGCCAAUUUAUUGCAUUUGUUGCGGCACCAUCAUCAGGCAUAAUGCAUGUUAUUACUAUAGAAGAGAAGAAGAGGACACACAUAAUUGCAUUUGUACUACAUGCUAUAGGAAAGCCCGAGGUGGGAACAUAACAUUCAACGGGACAACUGUUUCCAAGACGGAUCUUUGCAAAACUAAAAAUGAUAGAGAAUGUGAAGAAGCGUGGGUUCAAUGCAGUAAAUGCAAAAAUUGGCAGCAUCACGUAUGCGCACUCUAUAACAAUAGAAAAGAUUUGGACAACAGUGCUGAAUAUAUCUGCCUUUUAUGCUGCCUAAACGAAAAUAGAAAUGAUGUGCGUGUACCCUUUGAUGCUAAAGACUUCCCGAGAACCAUGCUUAGUGACCACAUAGAGAGGUGGCUUUUGAAGCGUCUCAGUCAAAUUGAAAGGAAUAAGAUUCCAGAGGGUUUUGUAGCAGACAAUCUUUCUGUUAGGGUUGUGCUAUCUGUGGACAAACAUAUUGAAGUGAAGAAACAAUUUCUGGAUAUCUUUGAGGGGGAUAAUUAUCCUGCAGAGUUUUCUUACGCUUCAAAAGUUAUUCUUCUGUUUCAAAAGAUUGAUGGAGUGGAUGUGUGCCUCUUUGCAAUGUAUGCUCAAGAGUUUGGCUCAGAAUGUGGCUAUCCAAAUCAGCGUUCUAUAUAUAUUUCAUAUCUCGAUUCGGUUAAGUAUUUUAGGCCCGAAAUACAUAUCUCUGCUGCAGAAUCUCUCCGUACCUUCGUUUACCAUGAAAUAUUGAUCGGAUAUCUCGAUUUUUGCAAGAAAAGAGGUUUUACAACUUGUUACAUAUGGUCCUGUCCACCUACAAAGGGAGAAGAUUAUAUAUUCUACUGUCAUCCUGAAUCUCAAAAAACUCCGAAAAAAGAUCAACUACGACAUUGGUAUCAUUCUGCACUAAGAAAGGCUGUUGAACAGGAUAUUGUUGUUGGUGUAUCAAACCUAUACGAUUAUUUCUUUGUUCCUACUGGAAAACGUGAAUCCAAGGUAACGGCUGCUCGUUUGCCUUACUUUGACGGAGACUUCUGGUCUGGUGCAGCUAUGGAUAAAGCCAGUGAGAUUGAACAGCAUACUGGAGGAAACCGAGAAAAGAUUAUGAAAUUAAUACCAAGCAGAUCUUUGAAGUGGAUGGGAUGUGUAAAUCUUUCAAAAGGAACUGCCAAAGAUAUUCUAGUGAUGCAGAAGCUGGGACAAACCAUAUCACCUUUCAAGGAAGAUUUUAUGGUAGUUCAACUUCAGUAUGUUUGCAUCCACUGCCAUAAAGUGAUAGAGUGUGGGAAGCGAUGGUUUUGCAAGGAGUGCAAGAUAUUUCAGGAGUGUGAAAGAUGUCACACUUUUGAUUCACACAUUUCUGUAAAAGCCGAGAAGCACAAACUUUAUGAGGUCCUUAUGGAAGGCAUCCUUCGUGAUACACCUAAGGAGAAAGAUAUCAUCAUUAAUAAUAAUGGGUUAUUUGAUACCAGAUAUAACUUUCUUAGCUUUUGCCAAAGGAAUAGAUUUCAGUUUGAUUCACUCCGUCGAGCCAAGUAUUCCUCAAUGAUGAUCCUCCAUUUUUUGAGCAAUUCUACAACUAUGACUGAUGGAAUAAGUUUCACUCAACGUCUUUCGUCCGUCUCUGGUAAUACUCUUUCCUUCUCCGAAAGUCCAUCAAUUACCUCCGAGAAGCUAAAUGGAAAAAAUUAUCUAUCACGGUCUGCUGCCAUUGAAAUGUGGUUCCUUGGCCUAGGGAUUUAUGACCACCUUGAGCGAGAUGGAAGCCAUGUGCCUUCUGAAAAAGCUUAUUAG